GGGAGGGCCAAAGAGCCACUUCAGAUGGGGUGUGGAUGACGAGGGUUGAAUGAAUAUGACUUAUGUGGAAAAAAGUUUUCCGAUGCUACAGCAUGAUUGAUUUAAAAAAAAAUGCUUCUAAAGGGGGAGGUGCAGGGCAAAGUUUGUGAACCAAACACUGAGAUGGACUCCAGGUGAAAAAUGAUUCUGACUCAUGGAGGAAUUAAGGAACAACCUGCAUGCAAGGGUGAAAAAAAAAGGUAGGACAGCUGGUGUGAACUCUCAUCAAUCUCAUGUUGAGCACAAGCAUUGCACAUAUGCUGUCUGUUUUACAAUUCACAUUUAACUAAAAAAAAUAAAUAAAUAAAAAUACUGCUUCGUGUUCCCUUCAUAAAACACACAGGCCACCAAAUGCUAGAACAUGCAUGAAAGAUGAUCUUUAAAUAAGAUGAGGAGGAAUCAGUUGGAAGUAGUUUGAUAAAAGAGGGGGGUGGUCUGAAUCUCCGUGUCCUUUACUGGUGUGGAGAAAAAAAACCCACACACACACACACACACACACACACACACACACACCAGACGCACUUUGGAGUUCACUGCUGGACGUGUAGCAGUCCUUUCAUCCACAGUGCAGACUGCGUGGCUCGGCGCUCCACCCGACGUCCUCUCUCCUCUGCUUUACUGUCGUGUCUCCUCUCCUGAACAGCUGGCCAAAGGGCUGAUAGUGUCUUGGCUUUGGAGGAAAGAGCGAGCACACUCCACUUACACUAGCCAAACAGAAGAGCGUUUGCCUAAGAAAUAUUCUUCAUUCUCUGGCAACUGGAUGGGAAGAAAGAGACUCUUUGGCCUUGGAAAAUGAAGAUGUUGUUGCCAUGGGAACUGUUAAUCCUUCUGUCACUCAAAGAGUGCCUGGCUGAGAAUACACGCCAUGGUCCUGUCUUCACCCAGGAGCCUAGUGACAGUAUUUUCCCACUGAGCACUGAUGAUAAGCAGGUGUUUAUUAAUUGCAAAGCAAAAGGAAACCCCCCUCCGCAUUAUAGGUGGAAAGUGGACGGGAGAGACAUAAACACAGUGUCAGAUCCAAACUACAGCCUCAUAGAAGGGAACCUGUUGAUCAAUAAUCCUCAUGUCAUCAAUCAUGGAGGAGUGUAUCAGUGCAUCGCCACCAACACAUUCGGGACCGUUGUCAGCAGAGAGGCAAAGGUCCAGUUUGCCUUUCUGCAGAACUUCAGCAGGAAGUCAAGGAACACGGUGUCGGUGAGAGAGGGUCAAGCCGUGGUUCUGCUCUGCGGCCCACCACCCCAUUACGGAGAGAUCAAAUAUUCAUGGGUUUUUAACGGACAGCGGAGCUUCCUGCAACAGGACCCCCGUCGUUUUAUCUCUCAAAAGACGGGGAACUUGUAUAUAGCCAAAGUUGAGGCCUCGGAUGCUGGGAACUACACCUGUGCGGUGAGAAACAUGAUGACCAAUGCCACAGUGUUCAGCUCUCCAACCCCUGUGGUGGUGCGGAGGGACGCGGUGAUGGGUGAAUACGAGCCAAAGAUUGAGGUUCAGUUCCCUGACACUCUUCACGUCUCUAAAGGAUCAUCAGUGAAGCUGGAAUGCUUUGCCUUAGGAAACCCCGUGCCUUCCAUCUCAUGGAGAAGAGCUGAUGGAAAUCCACUCCCUGGAAAAAUUAAAAUCAACCACUCCAGUGGGGUUCUGGAAAUUCCAUAUUUUCGCCCGGAAGAUGCCGGUGUGUACGAGUGUGUAGCCGAAAACAGCAGAGGACGAAAUGUUGCCAGAGGGCAACUUUUAUUCCACAAUGUUGAACAUCUGCAGUGGGUCCAGACACUGAAAGAUGCUCAUAUGGCAAUUGAUGCAAAUCUGCAGUGGGAAUGUAAAGCCAUCGGUAAACCCAGGCCUGCAUACAGAUGGUUGAAGAACGGUCAGCCGCUAACAACAGAGGGGAGGAUCCAUGUGGAAGCUGGUCGACUGACCAUAUCCAGGAUUAGUCUGUUGGACUCUGGGAUGUAUCAGUGUGUGGCAGACAAUGAAUAUGGAGCUGCCUAUGCCAGCGCUGAGCUCAAGGUUGUAGCCUCCCCACCUGACUUCACCCGGCGACCCGUGAAGAAGUCCACUGUGAUCCAGAGAGGGGGCGAAGUGGUCUUAGAGUGUCGCCCUCACGCUUCGCCCAAGGCCACAAUUUCGUGGUGGAAAGAAGGCGAGCCCCUGAAGGACAGCAAGAGACAGACUAUCAUGGAGGAUGGGACUCUUCGCGUCACCAACAUCUCCAAAGCUGAUGGUGGCAGGUACACGUGUGUGGCCAGAAACCAUUUUGGAAGCUCCAGCAGCACUGGGAUGCUGAUGGUGAAAGAGCCCACCAGGAUCGUAGUUCCUCCCUUGAGUUUGGACGCCACCGUGGGACAGAGCCUCGUGUUGCCAUGCGAGGUGUCCAGCGAUUCCUCCCUGACUCCUGUCUUCAAGUGGUUUUUCAACGGGAAAGCCAUUGAUUUCAACAGGCAGGAGCACUUUGAGAUGAUUGGAGGGGGAUUUGCAGGUGACCUGAUGGUGAGGAACAUUCAGCUAAAGCAUUCUGGGAAGUAUGUGUGUAUGGUACACACUGAAGUUGACACUGUUUCAGCUGCAGCAGACUUAAUUGUCAGAGGACCCCCUGGUGCCCCGGAGGGCCUGCUGGUGACUGACAUUACUGACACCACUGUGCAACUGUCCUGGGGCUCUGGGCCUGACAACCACAGCCCUGUUACCAUGUACAUGGUGCAGGCCAGGACCCCCUUCUCUAUAGGCUGGCAGACUGUGAGAACAGUUCCUGAUUCUGUGCCUGGACAGAUGAUGCAUGCAACAGUGAAAGAUUUGAACCCCUGGGUGGAUUAUGAAUUCAGAGUGGUGGCAAUCAACAGUGUUGGUGUUGGAGAACCCAGCACGCCAUCAAAGCAGAUUCGAACCAGAGCAGCAGUUCCCAAGGUUGCACCGGUUAAUGUGAGUGGUGGCGGAGGAGCUCGAGGAGAACUUGUCAUCGUGUGGGAGCCAGUUUCUGAGGAACAGCAGAGCGGAGAGGACUUUGGCUAUGUCGUGGCUUUCCGCCCACUUGGCAGCAGCACCUGGAUUCAGACAGUGUUGGCAUCACCUGACGCAUCAAGAUAUAUUUACAGAAACGACAGCAUUGCACCACUGUCCCAGUUUGAAGUGAAAGUGGGAGUCUACAACAGCAUGGGAGAAGGCCGAUUCAGCCGCGUCGUCAGAGUUUUCUCUGCAGAAGAAGAGCCAUCUGAGGCGCCAUCAAGAGUAUGGGCCCGCACUGUGUCAGCCUCUGAGAUCGAGGUGUACUGGGAACCAAUUCCCCCUGGAUCCAGCAGCGAGAAGAUCAUUGCAUAUGAGGUACUCUUCUGGGAGAAAGGAUCUCAGCAGAGUGAAGCAGAGAGAGUGAGGGUUAUCAACACCACAGCUCUUCUCUCUGGCUUGAAGGGCAGCACAGUUUAUCUGAUCUCAGUCAGAGCCCAAAACAGUGCAGGACUUGGACCCUGCAGCUCCGCUUUUAACAUCACCACCAAGAGACCACCUCCAAGUCAGCCUCCAGGGAAUAUUGAGUGGAACCUGACCAACUCGAAGAUCUUUCUAAAUUGGGAACAUGUCAAGGCGAUGGAAAAUGAGUCUGAGGUGACAGGAUACAAGGUCGUGUAUCGUCAGAAUUGGCACGGCAGGACUUCCAUACUGGAGACCAAUAAGACCAGUGUGGAGCUGCAAAUCCCCUCUGGAGAGGGCUACCUCAUUGAGAUCAAAGCUCUGACCGAAGGGGGCGAUGGCACCAGCAGCGGCCCCAUCCGCAUACCAAAGAUGUCCAGUCUUAACUCAAAAGGAUGUGUGUGUCAAGCUCCGGCGAAGAUUUGCUGUUUCAUGAUGUUUUUUGUAUUUUCAAUGUUUUGUAGCUUCUAAUGCCUUUAUAUUUAGCUCUGGACAUUAGAAUUAAUAUAGUUCAUUAUUCUCUUCUAUAUGUCCGAUUUGUGGAAUAAGCAGCCAACUAAGAGAGUUUCUCAACCACUGGUUCUCAAGCCAAAACCAGAUGAUGGAAGCGUUCUGACAGAUUGUCAAAUGCCCACAAAUCUGCAGCUGGACUGUUACUCAUCUGCAAAACAGCGCUAGAUAGAAAACAUUUUCAUCUGCCUAUUUUUCAGGAUCACUGCAAUCCUCCAGAACAUGUUUGAUGAACAUGGAAAGAUAAAUUUCUUAUCUGUUAUUUUGAAAUUAACCUCAGCUCAUGUCCCAGUUUCCCCAGUUUAAGUCUGUUUUCAACCAUUUUGCCUCAAAGGUUAUGUUCUGGCCUGCUGGGACCUCUAUGAAUGCUACAAAAAGGGACAAGUUUCACUCUUCACAUCAUUCAAAAUAAUCCAAUAUCUACUGUAUCACCUUCAUCAUUUGGAUUUAGAGUGUUAAUCCUUCAUAUGAAAGCAAAUUUAGCUGUAGCUAUUUUUCAUUUGUGGUGGAAUCAGACUUAUGGACAUGUGG